AUGCCCAGCCUCGCAGACUCCGACAGCAUGAAUGCACGGAAGAAGCUCAACAUUGAUCCACGUUGUCGCCAAAUUUCCAGCCUCGUACUCCAGUCAUGCUCGCAUAACCCGGAUUCGACUGGCGUGUUGUAUCAUAACUUUCCCGCCGGUCGGUGUUACCGCCUCCCAGCCUUGCCGUACGCCGCUCUGACCACUGACGCGGUUGGAUCUUUCUGGCAAUUUGAUGCGGAUGCAGAGCAAGCUCCCCCGAAGCGAACGCUAUUUUGGGGUUUCUGUGCUGCACAACUGAGGCUCUUGUUCACGCCGAAAAUCACCUUUCAUCGCGAAAUUCAGCGUAGGCGAGGCUUUCGAAGCGCACCGAACAUAUUGCUCAACUCCCGAAUUCCGUUGCAGGGUGUACAUUUUGGCGAUGAGAUUGGAGAGUCGACCAGUCAGGAUUAUGAAGCAAGGAUUGUGCAAUUGAACAAGUGUUUUGUGGAGAGGGGUUUUGAAAAGUGGAUUCUUCUAAGAUUCAGCAGGAUCUCGGAAGGUGUUGUGGGCUAUCAAGGAGAUUUUGUGGACGGUGGCGAGUUCCUGGAGAGUGAUAAAACCGUUUAA